AUGAAAAUACUGGAAUACAUUUCUCAAGCUCUUAGGCUGUGUUUUUAUGGCACUGCAUUGUUUAGGGGCCAUAUCACAUUCUCGGGUGAUAAAAUUCCAUCGGACGAAAGUGCUAUAGUGAUUAGCAACCAUCAAUCUUUUUCGGAUUUUUACAUUCAACUUAAGAAGAUAUUCAAAACUAUUAAAGCCUAUGCAGCACCGAUUUGGAUAGUUAAUUUUGUCGAAGGAACAAGAUUGACUUCAAAGAAGUUGUUGGAGGAACGUGGUUUACCAAUUUUACGAAAUCUGUUAGUGCCCCGUACAAAAGGAUUUGUAGCAUGCAUUCGUCAUUUACGAAACGCCCAUGUACAAUAUGUUUAUGGUACUAGACAUUAUUUUUAUAUUAUUCUUAACUCUGAAAACUUGGAGAUAACUUAUAAUCAUUAUUUAUAUUUAGAUUUUACAAUUGCAUACCGUCAUAUUACCCAAGGACUUCAAUUUCCACCAAAUCUCCUACAAGUCCAUUCGUACUCACCUCUCUCACCGCCAUGGACAUUCCAUGUCCAUAUAAGACGAUAUGCAAUUAAAGAUUUGCCCCAAGAAGAUGAAAAGUUGAGUGAAUGGGUUAGACAAAUUUUUGUGGAGAAAGAUGCUUUGUUGGAAGAUAUGAAAACACGGUGGACGCAGAGCGAAAAGUUGGAAGAUCAAUGUGAUUUUUGUGGUCAACUUCUUAACUCUGUAGAACUUAUAAAUCCACGAUGUAAAACAGAUAGUAGUACACCUAUUACAAGAAAAUCGGAACAUAUGUUUUUAGACUUGACAAAGUUACAACCAAAAGUUGAGAAUUGGAUAGAAAAGGCUAGUGUUGAGGGUAAAUGGUCAGCUAAUAGUAAAAAUAUUACACAAUCUUGGCUUAAAGAAGGGUUAAAACCUCGUUGCAUUACACGUGAUCUUAGCUGGGGCACUCCGGUGCCACUUGAAGGAAUGAAAGGAAAGUCUAACAUUACUUUUGAUAUGCAAAGUUAUCUAUCUAUAACGGCAAAUUACACGAAUGAAUGGGAAAAAUGGUGGAAGAAUCCAGAUCAGGUCAAACUAUAUCAAUUUAUGGGGAAGGACAAUGUUCCUUUCCAUACUGUUAUGUUUCCUUCUUCAUUAUUGGGUACGGACGAGGAAUGGACCCUACUGCAUCAUAUAAGCACGACUGAAUAUCUUAAUUAUGAAAAUACGAAGUUUUCCAAAUCUCGUAAUAUUGGAGUAUUUGGUGAUGAUGCAAAGGAUACUGGAAUACCUGUUUCGGUCUGGAGAUAUUAUUUGAUUUCAAGUCGUCCAGAAACAAAUGAUUCUAUAUUCACUUGGAAAGAAUUUAUUGUCAGGAAUAAUAAUGAAUUGUUGGCCAAUCUUGGAAACUUUGUCAAUCGCGUAAUGAAAUUCGUCGCAGCAAAAUAUGCUAGCACUAUCCCAUCUUUCUCUUAUGAUUCCGAAUCCGAACAAACACUCAUAAAGAAUAUCAAUAAUUUGUUGACGAAUUAUAUUGAAGCGCUAGAAAAUAUAAAAUUACGCGCAGGUCUUGAAACAGCUAUGGAGAUUUCGCGAGAGGGCAAUGGUUAUCUGCAGGAAUCAAAACUUGAUAACGCUUUGUUUGCAAACAACCCUGAGAAAUGCGCUUCGGUCAUUGGUGUUUCUAUAAAUUUGAUUUAUCUCCUUUCCGCCUUAUUUAGUCCAUAUAUGCCGUCCGUCACUGAGUCCAUUGCCCGUCAAUUAAAUGCACCACUGAGGAAUAUUCCUGACACGUUUACAAUGGAUAUUGAAGCUGGUCACCAAAUUGGCAAAGCUGAAUAUCUUUUCAAGAGGAUUGAUGAAAAAAUGGCUGAGGAAUAUAGUAAAAAAUUUGGUGGUGAAUCAAAGGACAACGACAAAAAAGCUGCUAAAAAAAACAAAAAAGCGUCUAAAACUGCUAAUAAUGUAAUAGCAACUGAAAUUCGUGCCUUUCAAGACAAAGAUAUCAUGGAUAUUGAUACGAAUCAAGAUGAAACAUUAGAUGAAAUAUUAGAUGAAUCGAAUGAUCGUUUGACAUUAAAUCAAGCAAUUGAAAUAUUAUCAAUUGCAGAAAAACAAAUGACAGAUGAGAUUAAUAUUAUGGAGAUGGAACGUAAUGAAUUAUUUCAGGAUAUUCAAAGCGAUUUGAGAUAUGGUAGGAUUGGGCCAAAAGGACUUAAUGAAGCCGAUAUUAUCGAAGAUUUGAAG